UAUGUCCGGCGGUAAGGAUCGUCGAUCCAGGGCGAGUAAAACGCAAGGAUGGGAAGAAGCCGGUGGCGAAUUUUACCAGGAAAGCUAUCCCGCCGAUCUGGAGGGUAUGCAGCGAGAUCCAUCGAAGAUCGCAACCCUCCUACCAUCGAAACAAACGCGAAAUGCCACAACAAGACGAGCUCGGCCCGCACAAGGCCAGGACACGAAAGGAGGCACCCGGCGCAGGGCCAGCUUCUCUACCGUCGCCCGCCGGGGUUCACAAUACCACGAAAUGCAGGUGGCCACCCUUCCCGAUCUUUCAGAAAACCUCAUCAACGAGGAACGAACAUGGGAGGAGAUCCGAGAGAUCAAAUCGAUGCCCGUUCCGAUGGCACAGAAGCGAGAAAUGAAGGCCCAACUACAGAACGCCACAAAGCUCCGGUUGCAGGGAUUCGAGCAGAUUAAAUGGCGCCGGCGGAAAGCGUGGCAGAGCUUUCGCUCCAAGUGGGGCGAAUAUCAAACCAAGCUCGAGCUGUGGCGUAUGUCGCUUAAAACGAUUGAGGGUAAUUUCGGCACCGGUGUCGUCGCGUACUUUCUCUUCCUGCGGUGGCUAGUCUUUCUCAACCUGUUGCUGUUUCUGCUAAUCUUCGCCUUCGUAGUGCUGCCACAUUUAGUGCUGCGCGAACCUAGCGAUCUACCGUGUGAUCUCGUGACGGACCCAACGUCGGUACAGUGUUGCUCCGAGAGCUACGAAAAUGUGACACGCACGGCACAGUUCUCCGUUCUAGAUCUUAUCCAGGGAACGGGUUUCAUGGAGGGAACGCUACUGUUCUACGGCAUGUACACGAACCAAAUCUAUGGCUACAGCCCAAUGGAGGAUCGGGCGUACCAAAGGGCACGCUCGUUGCGUGUAUCGGCGAUUGCGGCCAACAACGGAUCGAGAAACGGACUGAAUGCUACCGGUACGUUAGAGGAUAGAGAGGAAGUGUUGGACGAGGAGCGGCAAACGAUUCUGUACUACGAUUUGCCUCUAGUGUACGUCAUUAUUAUAGCAAUCUACUACGUGAUAACGCUGGUCGCGAUCAUGCGUGCGGUUGUGCGACAAUUUAAGGAUCGCAUCGCCGAGGGCGAGGGAUUGUUCUACCAGUACUGCAAUCUAGUGUUCGGUGGGUGGGACUUCUGUAUCCACAACCAAAAAUCAGCCGACAUUAAGCAUCGGGCACUGCACAACGAGAUCAAGUCACUACUCUACCAGAAACGCUUUGAGCACGAGCGUAAUAACCGGUCCCGCGAAUUUAUGGCCAAACUGAUCGCCAUCCGUAUGCUGAUCAAUUUGAUCGUGUUCAUCAUUUUGCUGCUCGCCGCAAUCACAAUCUACGUGCUGUUUAACGUAUCACUUGCCGAGCUGGAACCAAACUUUACGCCCUCGCAUCCGGUUAGCUUUAGCGAGAGUCUCGGCAAUCGGACACUGUACAUGAGCUGGCCGUCGUCUUGGUCGGUGUUUUCUUCGGCAUCGCAGCGCGGUGCCAUUACGUUUGCCAGCACCAUCACACCCUUGCUGUCGUCGAUGAAUGAUGAAAUAGGUGGCAUGGGAGGUGCAUACAAUUCCACCGAUCCUACCCUGAACCGGCUUACGUUGGAGGAAAAGUUGCGCGUACUGUUUUACGAGUUCCUGCCGUAUCUAGCGAUAGUCUGCAUGAAUUUGGUCGUGCCGCAGUUGUUUAAUUAUUUGGUGCAAUACGAGAAAUAUUCGCCCCUGUUCGUGAUCAAGAUCAGUCUCUUUCGGACGGUAUUUUUGCGACUGUCGUCGCUGGCGGUGCUGCUUAGUCGAUUCUACUUUCUCAUAACGCCUAUGAACGUGACGCAAAAGUUGCUGAUCAAUGCAUCCUCCGAGCAGGGUAUGGAACAUACCUCCACCAGUACGCUGACUCCACCGACAACGACGACGACAACGAUGGCAACCACGACGACUACGCUACCCUCCCUCAGUACCGCCUCCAUCUUGGAGUAUCAGAUGUCCGAGCUAAAUGCAUCGUUCAUCGCUAAUCUGACCACGACUACGGUCUCCGUGCUAAGUACAGUGCUGCUGGAACAACAACCUGUAGCCGAGGCACAAACUCAGCAGCAGCAAUUGCCACCGCAGCAACAGUGCUACGAUGAGCAGAACGGUGCUCCACAGUGCUGGGAAACGUUCGUCGGCCAGCAAUUCUACAAGCUGUUCAUCGUCGACUUUGCUACACACUUUCUCGUGACGUUUUUCGUCAACUUUCCGCGUGCAAUGUUUGCGCGUCAUUCGAGCUCACGGUUGGCAAAGUUCAUCGGUGAGCAGGAGUUUGAGCUGUCCAAGCACGUGCUGGAUGUGAUCUACUCGCAAACACUUUGCUGGCUUGGUACAUUCUACACACCGUUUCUACCAUCGAUCGCUGCGCUGUUGACGUUUCUGAUGUUCUACAUUAAGAAGUUUGCCUGUUUGGUGAACUCUAAUCCGUCGGCAAUUCUGUACCGGGCGUCUCGAUCGAAGUCGUUGUUUAUGUCGACACUGCUGAUCUCGUUCACGCUCGCACUGGUGCCGGUAGUGUACGCACUCGCGGAAAUUGUGCCAUCCAGGUCGUGUGGCCCAUUCCGAGGACUGCCGUCCGUGUGGGAUCGGGCAAUAGCGGCGUUCAUGAAGAUGCCGCAGUUCUUCCAGAAUGUGAUUUUCUUCUUCGGCACGGCCAGUUUUGCCAUACCAUGUUUUGUGGUGCUGACAUUCUUCAUCUACUACUACUACGCUGUCUCGACGGCCAACCGGCAUAUGGUGCAGGUGUUGAAGCAGCAGCUCGUGCUCGAGGGCCACGAUAAGCAAUUUCUGCUGAGCCGGCUCAGUUUGUUCAUCAAACAGCAGCAGGAGUAUCAAAAGCGCAUGAUGCGGCAAGCUGCCGAACAACAACAGCAGCAGCAGCAGCAGCAGCAUCAAAUGCAGCAACAGUACCAGCAACACUCCGGUUCUGGUAACUCGGCAAACCAUGUGAUACCGCCUCCGCCACCAUCGUCUUAUCAACAGCCACCGAUCGUGCCACCACCCCGUACCAACAGCCAAUCGCAAGCAUCGGAAGUGACGCCUGCCCUACCGCCGCGUGCGGAUCGAGACUCGAAGCCAAGCAGUCGAGAUCGACCGAAGGAUCUGCCACCUCCUCCGAUACCAGCUGGUGGUGGUCCUGCGACCACCAGCAAUACCACGGCUGCGAAUUAA